CACCACAAAGCCAAACAAAGCCCCUCACCGAAAAGAACAAAAACCAACGGUGCUGAUACACCUCGCUCUCUCAUCUCAGUCGUCUCCUUUCUCCUCUCUUCUCCAGCGUCCGAUCCCCCUCCCUCCAUUACCACCCGAUCUAAAGCCUCUCGCUCUCUCGCGCCCAAAUACAAAUUCGGGUUUUCGCGAGGAUGGCCGAUGCUCCGGCGAGUCCAAACGGAGGGAGCUUCGAGAGCGGCGAGCAGAGUCCCCGCUCUAACGUUCGCGAGCAGGACCGGUUCCUCCCCAUCGCGAAUAUCAGCCGGAUCAUGAAGAAGGCGCUCCCUGCGAACGGGAAGAUCGCUAAGGACGCCAAAGAGACCGUUCAAGAGUGCGUCUCUGAGUUCAUAAGCUUCAUCACCAGCGAGGCUAGUGACAAAUGCCAGAGAGAGAAGAGGAAGACUAUUAAUGGCGAUGAUUUGCUUUGGGCUAUGGCUACUUUAGGGUUUGAGGAUUACAUCGAUCCGCUCAAAAUUUACUUGACCAGAUACAGGGAGAUCGAGGGUGACACUAAGGGGUCAGCAAAGGGUGGAGAUGCAUCUGCUAAAAAAGACGUUCAACCAAGUCCAAAUGGCCAGAUUGCUCGUCAAGGUUCUUUCUCGCAAGGUAUUAAUUACCCAGGUUCUCAGUCUCAGACCCAACAUCUGAUGGUUCCUAUGCAAGGCACGGAGUAGACGUCUACUCAUCUUCAUCUGAUUCCAAAAUUUGGCAUCUGGUCGGAAUAUCCUGUUUAGUGCCCACAAGAAAUAUUUAUUAAAACCUCCUCCUUAUGUGAACACUGACAUUUUAGGGUCAUUUUGGCACUUGUCUUGUUUCCAUAUGUAUUUCAGGUAAAUGGUGUAUAUUUAUGGGUGUCUUGGGAGUAGAAUGACUAUUUUAAGAAGAUAUUAUAAAUUUUUGGUCUUGUGAUUUGUAGACA